UCUGGUUACUGAUUUUUAUUUUUCAUUUGCAGGUAUAUGAAAGGCCGCAUAACAUGUGAUCAGAUCAAUGCAGUUGUUAAAAAUCUAAACAAAGCAAUGGUGACCAAAUACAAGAUCCGCAAUCAGGCUCCAAGUUCUAUGAAUGCAACAAACAGAAGCCUGCACUACAGAUACAUAACAGAAGAAACCGAGGAUAUUGAAGAUGUUUAUUUUGUCGUGGAGGAAGAUAUCAGACUUUUCACCCGUAUGAAGUUGGACAGGCGCUUCCAUCAGAUCAUCGUCAUCCUGCGCCACUGCCAAAGAGUGAAGGAAAUCCGUACCUCUGGAAUUAUCCGAUACGCCGUCUGCUAACAUGCUUCCCGUACUCUGCUUACCCCAGAUGUAGAUGGCAGCAGUGUUUUGAGACGCAGAGAGUUUUGUUGUAUGCAGAAAGAUUCCAUGUAUGGACAUUACUAUUUAGAUCUCCUUAUUUUCUGAAAGGCAAUGUUUUCCCUAGUGUUUUUCAGACAUCCUAAAUCAGGACUGGCAAUCUCAAAUGGCCUCAAAGUAUCUGAUUUUUGUUUUGAAAACUUGAGAGGGAGCUAACGUCUUUUGAUAAAUUACAUGUGCAAAGCAAAGAUGUGAUUGGCUCAUCUGUGGUCACAGGCAGUUUUAAUCACAUUUUCAGGUCAGCACUUGAAAGUUAAUGUCCUCUGCAUGGUCGUGAUGUUCCUUUUCUUGUUAAUGAGUUAGAAACUGUGUCCAAAGCUCUGCAGCUACUCAAAGGAAGCAUUUGAUUCUGGAU